UGUAUUUUUUGUUGUACUACACACUCGUGUCGUUUUGUGCUUUGGAUGACUUUUGACGUGAUUAUUUGGCAUUUUGACGUGUUUUUUUUUUAUGUUUUGUAACUUUUAGAGUGUUCCUCCCUUGUUGCAGAUACAAUAUGGUCCUUGCAGUCAGUGACUGCUGCUGCGGGCCAUAAUAAUACACUAAAUAAGCUCUCCCUUAGGCUCCCCUGUCUGCACAUGUUCAAACUCUAAUUUGAACAUGUGCAGACAGGGGAACAUGUUCAAACUCUUAUUUUGUGAACUUGAAAUUCAAGUUACUUGACAUGCUUUGACAGGCUGGUGGCACAAAUGUUAUAUCUGUUGUGAAAGUAGAAAAACAUGUAUAGCUGCUCUCUCACAGUUUUCCUUGGACUGCUGAGGUGAAGGUUUGGCGCCUGUGCUUUGGUUCGGUUCCGGGUAUCAGAACUUACUCUGUGGUUUGGAGUCAGCAUGUCUUUGAUGGUGAAGGCUUCUCUGUUAGGAAAGUACGAGCAGGUGAAGGAGAUCCGCCGGUUCCUGGUGGACCAGGACGUGUGCAGCAGCUUUGAGAAACUGAGCAGGCAAACCGCGGCGGUCUUCUCCAAACUAAAGAACUCCUCUUUCAGCCUCUUCUACAAAGAUGAAGAUGGAGAUCUGGUGGCCUUUUCCUCUGAUGAUGAGCUGAUGAUGGGCCUGGGUUGCAGAAAGGACUCCACCUUCCGCCUCUUCAUCAAAGAGAAGAAGGAGCAUCACCGUGACUUUGCCCUGCAUGACCUGCUCCCUUACCUGUUUGGACGUGCAGAACCUCAUGCCCCCCGUCAUGCUCUGGUUUAUGUUCCCCCUAAUACUUCCCCUGAACCACCCACUAUUGCUCUUCCUCAUGCCCCCUCUAUUCCCAGCGUCACCCCCUCCCCCCCCGUGCCCCCACCUUGUGGUCUACCUCGUCAGCCCAUGCCUCCUGCCCCCAUUGUUCCGCAGGUUUAUGGCCCCCCUAAUACUUCCCUUGAUCCACCCACUAUUGCUCUUCCUCAUGCCCCCUCUAUUCCCAGUGUCACCCCGCCCCCCCUCGUGCCCCCCCCUUCUGGUCUACCUUUUCAGACUCCCUCUGGUUAUCAGUCACUCACCCCCCACCCUGGCAUCAGAUGUGACGGCUGCAAAGGUGAUAUCAUAGGAGAGCGCUAUAAAUGCUCAACCUGUCCAGACUACGACCUGUGCUCCACCUGCAAGGAUGAAGAAAAGCACUCUCAGCAUGUUCUGUUGCUCAUCGAGGAACCCCUGAAAGAGCUUUAG